UGCAAGGAUUUCUGCGCGAAGAUUUCGUCGGGACCCAGUCUUCGUUCACUUCGACGAGCAUGUGACCCCACCAAACACGUGCGGCGUUUGCCUGUUAGGACAAGGUCCCUGCCUCAGCUAACACGCCUGAAUAUGCUUUUUGGCCAGGUGCGAUCCCUGCUGGGGCUUUUCAUCAGGCAAGCCCGACACGCAUGUCCACGCUGCGCAACAGCCAACGCCUAGACAAGCACACACGAUGGGCAUCCGCCACUUGACCACCACUCUCAGCCCAUAUGGAGAGCCUCGCGUCCUGGGUGCCGACAGUCGGGUGGUGAUCGACGGGCCGGCCCUUGCCUACCACAUCAUCGGCCUGUGCUCCCCAAAACAUGGCCCCACCAGUCCCUUCGCUCAGCCCUCGUAUCAGCUGCUGGGUAGCGCCGCCGUCGCCUGGCUUGACGAGCUGGAGAGCCAAGGUCCCAAGGUGGCUGCCAUCUAUUUCGACGGCCACCUCCCACGCCAUAAAGUCGCCGAACGGCUACAACGAUCUCUCAAGGUCUCGCGCAAGCUGAAUAAUUUCUUCCUGGCGACGCCACACGGAGUUGCAGAGGCGGCACACAGGGCGGGCCCCGUCGAUCCGAGGCGACUUUUCUCUAGAUCGUCAAAGCCUGCACAAUCGACCGCUGUGACGUUGCCUGUGCCUCCGCUCGCCGUCCAGGCCAUCUGCGACGCGCUCCGCCAGUCAGACCGCUAUGGCGGCUUGACCCAGCUAGUGCCCGAGGAGGCCGACUGCUACUGCGCAGACUCGGUCCGCACCCACGGCGGCGUCGUCCUGACAUCGGAUUCUGACCUGCUUGUCUUCGACCUCGGAAAGGGAGGGAGCGUGGUGUUCCUGAGGGAUCUUGACCUGAGCGGUCAUAUCACCGGGCCCGAUGGCUUGCACGCCCUCUCCUACUCGCCCACCAAAGUAGCCAAGAGGCUAGGUCUUGCUCCAAACUAUGGCCUUUCAGCCCUGGCGUUUGAGCUGCACCUGGAUUCCUUCCUUGCCGAGGGCAAGUUGCUGGAAAAGGCAAGGCAGGCCGCGGCUAUCAAGGAGUCUCCUGGUGCCUAUUCGACUUUUAUGGAGCAGUACCGUCUCUGCCCUCUGGAUUCUAGCUUCAACACGGCCAUUGCGCUGGCAGAGCUUUACGGCAUGGACUCCAGGCUUGCAGAACUCGCAGUACAGUGCCUCAAUCUGGGCUCCCCUGAGAGCAACAGCGCCAACUUGGCCGUGACCUCCAGGUCAGAGCGUGACGACGAUUCGCUGCUCAUAUUCCUACCUCCCCUAGUCGAUGCUUGGACCCGCACAAGCGCGUGGGAGAUGGGCUGCUCUAUCAGGGAGCUGGCCUACCGCAUCUUGAAAAUUGGUCUGCCAGCGACGGUGCCGGCAGAAGUGCGGGAAUACAGGCGAUUGACCACGGCCGACUCUAGCGGCACACGCGUCUCGCUGCCUGUCGGCUCUGACGAUGACAUUGCAGAGUCCUGCACGGAGUUGAUGGCGCUGAUGGGCAAGAUACGCGACCAUCUGGACCAGAACGAGAAGGAUGAGGCCUCCUCGGAUGACAUGGUCUGGACGGUGCUGUCUAUGCGCGAAGAAAUACAACGAUCGCGGGACACGGGCAAGAAAUCGCUCGUUCUGCACAUGCUCCGCCGUGCCACGGACCCAGACGGCGCAAUUAGAGAUUGUGGCACUUGGGAUGUGCUACACCUGGUUUCGCAGCUGCAGGCGACCUUAUACUCACUAAGAAUGUUGAAGCAAGCGCUGGACUUUACCGCAAGUAGGGCGGCGAGGAAAGACGCCGACGGCAAGAGCAGACUCCCACUGCCACCCGCGUUUGCGGAGCUGUCGACUUUUCUCUCCUAUCACCUGCCUCCGAUCACGGCCUAUUGCUCAGUCCACGACAUCGGGGACCUCCCGCGGAGGCUGAAGGAGGCGGGUGGUCUGGAGCUGCUGAGAGACCUCGCCGACCUUCAGAAGCCCAUCAAAUUCGGUGUCGACCCAGCCCGGGCGGCCAAGAAGCAGAGGAAACGGCAAGCGCAGGCGGAGCAAGGAAAAGGCUCGGCCUCGAACCCGCCCGCCGCCAAAGCAAGGAACAGGUUCUCGCUGUUGGAUGCCCUCGGUACGGAAUAGGGGAUGGGUCCUUGGCAGUGGAGCGAGGCUUUAGGGGUAAUGAUCAACGCGAGAUACCCUGACAUGGCAGCUGAAUAAAACCUGUACUUUUGACAUGCCAUUGUAACCCCUACUGCCUUCCCUUUUUUUUCUAUCCCGUUUCCUGUGCAGGCUUUUAUUGGAUAAAUUGGCU